AUGGAAGAAGAUUGGGAAAAUAAACCUAGAGUAAAUACAAUACGUGAACGUUUAGACCAAAAUGAAACUGGUCAUACCGUUAAAGAUACAUAUACUCGUUGGGAUGCUGAUGAUCACUGCGAUUGGGAUUUAACGAAGAGCGACACUGAUUAUCAAACUGAUACAACUGAUCUUGAAUCUGGUGAAUCUUGGGGAAAUCAAAAUUCAAGUGAGCAAGUAACCUAUAGUACAGAUACUGGAAAUUUUUCAGAAUACAAUGGUCGCUUCGAUCAAAGUAGCCAUAAUUAUGAAAAAUAUCAAAGUAACGGAUAUCAUAAAAGUGGUAGUGGUUACCAGCAAGGUACACGUUUUGCCAAAAAUCCAAAUAAAAAUGGCUAUAAUGAUAAAGGCAAUGGUAAAUAUGAAAAGCCCGUCGUGCAAAAAUCAACUUAUAUUCCUCCCGAUUUUGAGGAAAAUGAUAACUUAACGAUUGAAGCAGGAUUAAACUUUGAAAAAUAUGAUAAAUUGAAUAUUCCAACUCCAAUACAAAAAUAUGCUAUACCAAUCAUUAUGCAUGGAAAAGAUAUGAUAGCUAGUGCUCAAACUGGUUCCGGAAAAACUGCAGCUUUUGUUUUACCAAUUUUAAACAGUUUAAUCAGUGAACCAUCUGAAAUAGUUGUUGAUUACGAUCAUUGCGAGCCACAAGGUUUAAUUCUGUCUCCGACCAGAGAACUUGCUAUACAAAUAUGUGAAGUUGCAACUAAAUUGAGCAGAGGUACUUCAAUUCGAUGUGAACUCCUUUAUGGCGGAACAGCAACUUAUCACCAAAAAGAAAAAAUUCUGAGAGGUGUUCAUAUAAUUGUGGCUACUCCGGGACGUUUAAUUGAUUUUGUGAAUCGAGGUUUAAUUACUUUUUCAUCUUUGCGAUUUUUUGUACUGGAUGAGGCUGAUCGUAUGUUGGAUAUGGGUUUCUCACUUGAUAUUGAACGCAUAUUGAGUGAUAAUACUAUGGUUUCGUCGGCAGAAAGAUCAACAGUCAUGUUUUCAGCAACUUUGCCCGAAAAUGUUCAACAAAUAGCAAAAUCAUAUUUAAAGCCAGAUUAUAUAUCAGUAGCUGUUGGAGAAGUUGGAGGGGCCUGUAAAGAUGUUACCCAAACAUUUGUAGAAGUUAAUAAGUUUAGUAAAAAAAAUGAGUUGGUUGCUUUGCUAAAUGAAACAAAUGAUUGUCAAGGUACAAUUGUAUUUGUUGAACAAAAAAGACAAGCUGAUUUCAUAGCAGCAUUUCUAAGUGAACUCAACUAUCCCACAACAAGCAUACACGGAGAUCGUGAACAGCCAGAACGAGAAAAAGCCUUAAGAGAUUUUAAGACCAAAAAAAUGAAAGUUUUGGUUGCCACUGCUGUAGCUGCUAGAGGACUAGAUAUAAUGGGUGUUAAAACAGUAGUGAAUUUUGAUUUACCAAAAACCAUUGAAGAAUAUGUGCACAGAAUCGGACGUACUGGUAGAUUAGGAAAUUCAGGCCGUGCGGUUUCAUUUUAUGACCCUGAUAACGAUUCUGCCAUGGCACCAUACUUGGUUAAUACUCUUAAACUGGCCGAUCAAAUUAUUCCAGAAUUUUUAUCGCAGUAUAGCGGUGAAGUUUGUGAACCUUUGAGUCAGUUUAAUGACAUAAGACCGAAUGUUACAAUAACGUCUGCGUAUAUCGAAGAAGAGGAAGAUUGGUAA